AUAAAUGAGUGUAAAGCAGGAAAUCACAACUGUGGUGCAAACGCUAACUGCCAAAACACUAAAGGGUCCUUUGUGUGCACCUGCAAGCCAGGGUAUUCUGGGGAUGGAGUUAGCUGCUCAGGUGAAAACAAUACCUCGAUCUUCUUUAAAAAGAAUCUUUUUCUAAUCAACUUCAGUUAUGUCGCAUUUAAGCCAAGUCUUCAGCCACAAGGUAGUAUGAAGCUUAGUCCCUAGAGCUGCAGUUGGUUCUUUUACGCUUAGUAAUAAGUAUCGAAAUGCCCUUGCAUACUGCUAUAGUUUGUGAUUUGCAGUAUCUGUAUGCAAUUUUAGCCAUUUUCGAGUUGAAUCGAGCUUCUGUCUUAAAAGUAGGCGAAGUGCGAAGCCUUUUGAUAUGAAAAUUAAUUCUAAAGCUCAAGGAGAAAGGUUUGAGGAUUGACCUUGUUUUGGAAAUGAAAAUUGAUCCCAUGAAAUGGAUAUUAUGGUAGGCCACAGUAAUUGCUGUGAAAGAAAAAGGAAAUCAGUUUUAAUUUGAUCGUUCAGUGCCUGACUGUUUUUUUGCAGAUAUAAAUGAAUGUGAAGCAGGAAGGCGCCACUGUGAUUCAAACGCUAAUUGCCAAAACACUAAAGGGUCCUUUGUGUGCACCUGCAAGCCAGGGUAUUCUGGAGAUGGAGUUAGCUGCACAGGUGAAAACAAUACCCCGGUCUUCUUUACAAAGAAUCUUUUUCUAAUCAACUCCAGUUAUGUCGCAUUAAAGCCAAGUUCAGCCACAAGGUAGUAUGAAGCUUAGUCCCUAGAGCCGCAGUUGGUUCUUUUGCGCUUAAUAAUAAGUAUCGAAAUCACGGCCCUUGCAUACUGCUAUAGUUUGUGAUUUGCAGUAUCUGUAUGCAAUUUUAGCCUCAUAAAUGAUUGAGAUAUUUAAGUUUUUUAAUUUAUCAAUAUAUAGAUUUAGCCAGGGCUAAAAGCGAAGUUCCCGUUAAUUAAUUUAUAAUUUAAAUCAAACGAUAAACUUGUAAUCCACAGAUCAGGGCACAUUCAUUUGACUUUUGAGGCAAAGGCUAAGUGAUUUUAGAGAAAAAUAACUUGACAGUCCAAGAGUACAUCGAGUUAUUAAAUAGUCUUAUUUGUACACAGUGGAUUAGGCCUGGAAAACAAAUAGACCUAUUCGUGUAUGGUAUUUGCAUUAGCUGUUGCAUCAUAAUGUGGCAUUCACCAGUCUCUCCAACAUUGCUCCGUUAGAAAGACUAUGGAUAAUUGGACAACCCCGAAAUAUAAUUUUAAGAAACACACGCGCCACGAUAGUCCUUGGUUGCAGCCAAUUUACACGUUGCAUUCCUCUGUCUAAAAGAGAGGCCAAAAUAAAAAAUCAGGCCGGAUUUUUUUGUGUUCGACAAGUUUAGUUUACUAGUAAAUCUUGGCGACGAAUCUGGUGGCGUGUAAACCAGCCUUUUAAACAUACUUUUUCUUAUCACGUCUCAGGUAAACAAAACUCUGAGGCCCUUUUUUAUCAUACAGACCUCGGACAGAUUUGUUCUUUUUUGUCCCAUUUAAACCUAUAAUUCUGCAGUUUUUCACAAUUUUGCAAGGGAAUUUGCACUCGUUCAAUAUCCACGACGAUCAAAGCACGCGCUUCCUUUGCACAACAAAUUAUAGCAUUGAAUUAUAAAACGUUGUCAUGAAGAGAAUUCUCAGAUAAUGCCGGGACUUUUCAGUUAGAAAAAUCUGGUCCUAUGUGAUAUGCAGGGUAAUAAUUACGGGCUUUUAAUGAAAACGAUCAAAAAAUUCUCAAAAGCACCUUUUCGGCCAGCCGGACGGGCUCUCACUUUUGACAGGCACCAAAUUUGCAGUGCGACUAAUUGAGUUACCAUUUACGCUACAACAUGAUAGAGAAAUUGUUAUGUUUAGAUUUUAUUUCCCUUUAUUUAUUAAACUGUGUAUGGUUUUGUUAUGUGUAAUCUUUAAAAGCGUGUGACAUUUACGCGCGGCGUUUUGAGUGUUCCUGAAUGCGAUGUUUAUGUUCGACUGGAAACAACCGGUGCAGCGAUAAAAAUUGCGAGAGGGACUACUAACAAUCAAUAAAAUAAAUAUAAUUCGGCGAAACAUGUACAGAGACAAUAAUUUUCAUUCACGAAGAGAAGUAUUGAGAGUAAAGUAUCUCUGAAAAUCAUGAGUCAGGUAAGCAUAAACUUAUUUAUGUUUUAAGCCGGCUACCAGUGUUUGCUCUUUUUCAAGAUGAACUCGAGGCAAGGAAAUCGCUCAGAGCUUUCUGUUUACAGCCAAAAUCAUAACUGAAUAAUCUUCGGAACCCCUUCGGAACCUUUUCUUUGAAUUUGCGGUCAAAAAAUGUCUAAAGGCUUUUUAAACCUGAUACUACUGUAAGUUACAUCAUUGCUCGUGUAUAAACUUAAGCCGUACGCUCGACUUCAGGAAACCGAAAAAAAAAAACACAUCAAAGACAAUAAUUGCUCAGGCUUACCAGUCGAUAUGCUGCUUUUGAAGGUCAUAAAGUGUUCCAGAAUCGCUUGAGACUUUUCAACCCUCUUACGCCUUAAGCAAGGGCAAGUGGGUAAGCUCAUUUUUGAAAACGAUGCCAUCCGAAAUCGGAUUUCCAAUGACUUUGACAAGCGGUGCAUUUGUCAACAAAAAGCGCAAUAAACAAACCAGCCAUGAAUUACAGAACAUUCUUGAAAGCAGCUGUAUUUCAUUUUGUACACCAAGUAGAAAAAGACAGUUUAAAACAUCACAAGAUGACACAAAACUCUCGGAAAAAACUCUGUCAGCUCCAGCUAUCAGUAAGCAAGUUUCCAGACGCUGCAUAAAUUUUCCGCAUGAACUCACCUGUCAAAUUUUGACCUAUCAGAACAUAAGAAUUGGACGUAGAGCGUGAUCAACGCGUGACACCGAGAAAAGUCAAAAGCGAUUGCCUUCCCUGCAUGUAAACGUAAAAGCCGGUUGAAUUUUCGCGUCCGAGGUCCGUUCGAAAUCAACAUUUUAAAAGUGCUGCUCAUGAACACGACUUAUUUCAUAUGCAUUUUAAAAAAAUUUAACUUGAGCCUGCGAUCAUUUGAAAAGUAUCAACUUGUCAGAGGAUACCUUCAAAAAAACACUCGAACUAAGUGGGUCGAUACCUGAGCCCGCGAUACGGUCAGGCGAUACUGGUUAGCAGAAACACUAUUUUGACAGCUGUCAAUUAAUCAAAACAUGGAUGUACAAUAUCAGGUUGCAGGCUCCCAAACUAGCUGGAAAGUGUGAGAUAAAACAUUGGUAUGCCUGUGGUGCGGACGGAGAGAAGGUCGGGUGGUCGGUGUACGGUCACGUGAUUGCCGAAUUUUCUAGGAUGGAUAGAUUUUCUAAGCUAUGGCGCUUCGCAUUGAGCCCGUGGUCAAAUUAAAACAGCGUAAACCUUUAAACACUACGUGACCUCAAUGGAUAGAAAAAUGAGUCCGCGAUACACUCAGGUGAUGAUGGUCAGCGUAUACUCUAGUUUGACAGCUGUCAUUUAACCUUCAUUAGAAUGGCGAAUAUUCGAAUUAAGGUGGCUGAACACAGUUUCGCGGGCGGUCAGCGGUAGCGCCUGUUUUAAGUUAGACAAACAAACAUGGCGGCGAAAAAAGCAAUGGAACACAGAAGACGAUUUCUCAAAAUCUACGCGUUAAAAUUUUGUGAUAUUUGGCAGAAUUUUUACUUUUAUCGUAUUUUAAAUAAUGAAAACUUAAAAAUGGGAGUUGAACAGACGAAUUUUGUGACACAUUUAAUAAUAACAGUACAAUUAUAUUAUUGAUUAUCUAAAAACCCCUCUGUUAAAAUUUGGUCAAAUAAGUUUCAAAUAGUAAUGAUUAAUUAUAGUAAGCUGUGUGCGAGUUUAUAGGAAAAUCUAAUGAGCGAAUUUUAUGUAAACUGAGUGAAAGUGAAAUUUAAGGUUGUAUUCAAUCGUUCAUGUUGCCAUGGAAACUACGAAAAGGUCAAAUUUUGCCUGUCAGUCAAAAUCUCUCAUCAUUAUAUUUUUCACUUGCCAAGUUUCAGCUUGUGAGCUGCAACCUUUCUCUUGCCAUAAUUUGGCAAAUGACCUAUACUCAGAAACUACCAAAACUGUGUUCAGCCACCUUAACAGACUACGAGUGUGAGUAAGACAUAUCCGUCCGGAAUGUAGUGGUAAAAGCCAGAUCGUGUACCUGAGCGAACCUGAGCCCAAGUUAUUAGUUUUCUGAUAGUGGUCUGCACAUGUCCCAUUUUGACAGCUGUCAAUUGACCUUAAUUUGGCUUGCCAAUAUAACUUUAAACGACUGUCAGCCAACUGACAGCCUUGCCUGGCGUAGUUUCGUUUUUAUGUUGAAUUGGUAAGUGUGACAUAUUAUAUCAGCUUAUAUGGAGGGGCAAAACGACUGCUCUUUCAUCUGCGCCGGCGAGAUGGCCAUGUGAUAAUUAUCAGCGGAUGUCUGAUUUUGACAGCUGCCAAUCUAAUCGUACUCAUACGGAUGGUUUACAUAACUAAGAGGCUAGUCAAGUUGUGCAAGAUCUAUUGUGACAUUUGACAUCGGCUUACAUGAAGUGUGUGUACGGGUGGGCGUACGCUACGUCAUAACCAAAUUUUUUUGGAUGGAUAGUUUACCAAAUUUUCUUACCCAUGGUGCUCCCCUGCGCGCGCGCUUCGCGCGAGAGAGGUCCGCUAUUAUAUUGUGUCCAUGCAAGAUUGUCAUGUCAGCACACGAAAUUCACGCUGAGUGACCUUACUGCAUUUAAAAAUCAUACCAGUGUACACAAUUCCGUCUUUUGCUCCACACCAUGACAGAGUACGAGCGGAAAGGUGUCUUUUUUAUUGCUCCUUCUUUUGGUAGUUUUUCGUUAGCUGAGACGUCGUUCUGCAUUCUGCAGUAUCUUGCUUCCUUAAGUUUCGCUAAUCCUCUAUCUAUACAUGUGGUGUUAUCAUUUUUCACUGUCUCAAUAUAUAGCAAUAAACUUUUUGCUUCUCAGUAUAGCCAGAAAGUUAUCUCUUUUUUCCGAACAUAUCCAAUCCUAGAAAAUAAAAGGCCAGUAAGUAAAUCAAUUUUGAUGAUUCAGUCCUACACCUGAGUGUAUAACAGGAGAGCACAACUGUGGUGCUAAUGCAGACUGCAAUAACACCGAAGGAUCUUUCGAGUGUACUAUUUGCAAGCCAGGGUAUUCUGGGAACGGGGUUUACUGCACAGGUGACAAUAUUUUAGUAAAGACCUGAUUCGUCUUAAUGUUAAGGCUAUUUCAAUAUCAUUUUGUCUCGAGUUCACGCAUUUGAGUGAAGACAAUAGAAUUCAAAAGAGACAUUUCCAGAUGUACAGUACAAUAUGAUUUUGAAGUCUAGCCUCAUCGACAAAGUGAUCGUUGUCAUGAUAUUUAUCAAUUAUUGAAUGAGUCUGAGUCGGAUGUGAAGAAUUAGGUAGAGCGAGAUUUGCAUAACUCUUCACAUCGUACGACAUCCGAGUUUAAUAAUGUUUUAUUAUUCGUUUUUAAUUAUUUUAUUUUAUUCAUUUAGUCACUCACAAAACCUUAUACAACAUGAACGAAAGUUGUUAAUAAAUUAUAAAACUAAUGUGACAGGGAAGCCUACCGAAGCUUGAAGCUUAUAUAAAUAGGCUUCCUUCAACUACGGCUAAUGAACUAAAUUCAUGGCUGAGUGCAGAGUGAGCAAGACCAGAAAUUUAAGCGACAGAUCGGCUAUCAGUAAGAUAAUUCUUAUAUAUUUUUUAAAAAACAAAUAUAAAGGAGAGCUAAUAGUGAAAUAGGCAACGAAUUCCAGAUUUUAGGUCCUCGGUAAAGGAUACUGAGUACCUUAUAUUUGUUCUACAAAAAUGAGGUCUAUACUGAGAGGCUAGUCGAGUCUCGUAUUGAUGGACUUGAUUUCUACUUAAGAACAAGUCACGAAAGCUACUAGGCAAAAGAUUAUGGUGAUAAGAAUACAUAAAAGUAGCGACAGAAAAUGAAUUAAUACUAAAUAUGUCAAGGACUUUAAGCUGGAUAAAUAAAGGGGCGGUAUUUGGUAAAUAGUGAGCUUUUGUUAUGAGCCGCACUAGACGCUUUUGCAAAAAGGUAAAUACCGUUUAGCUUGGAACAGUAGGUGGAGGACCAGGCGACAUUACAGUAUGUUAAGAAAGGAUAUACAAGGGAGUAAUACAAGGUCAUCAAAGUUUGGGAUGAUAGGUAAAAGCGGGCUUUCGCAAUAAUUGCCACACUUUUUUUGAGACGAAAUCAAUAUGUGGUUUCCAAGAGAGAUGCUGAUCAAUGAGAACACCUAAAAAUUUUGUCUCCGUGACUUGCUUGAUCACAGUAUUUUCCAGAGUAAGAGGGACAUUAACAUUGACUUUCUUUUGCCUUGGAGGAAAAAUCAUAAAAUUUGUCUUAGUCAAAUUUAGAGAUAACUUAUUCACUUUAAGCCAAAUGAUUAUUUUUGCAAGUUCAUUGUUAACAAUAGAAACGAGGUGGUUGGCAUCUUUAUGGGAACAAAAGAUAGUUGUGUCAUCAGCAAACAGUAAAGAUUGAGUGAGAGUAGAGACAUAAGGAAGAUCAUUAAUGUAAAUAAUAAACAUAAGAGGCCCAAGAACUGAACCCUGCGGGACGCCACAUAAAAUCGGAUAAGAUCGAUGGGACCCAAACUGGACAAAUUGAGUCCGAUCCUCAAGAUAGCUUUUGAUCCACGCCAAAGCAGUAUCCCGAAUACCAUGUUGAUCAAGUCAAUUAAAGCUAAUGCAGUUGAAUGAUUAUUACGGAAUCCAAAUUGUUUCGAGUAUAAAAUAUUAUGCAAUUUUAAGAAAUUAAUCUUUCAAAUUAUCCUGCUUACCUCUUUUUAGACUUUCUUCAAAACUUUGGCCUAUUUCUCGGCACCUUUUGUGGAUAUAAUUAGAUGUUUUAUUCUUUAUUUUAUUUAUUUUAUUAGCUUCGCCUACUACAUCAUAAUAAUAAAGAAAAAACAAAGUAUGAUAAAUACUGUAUAUAUUGAAAUAAAGAAUAAUAAAUGCUUAAUUAGGCAGGGGUGCCACGACAGCGGUAGGCCAAUUACAGUGGUCCCAGAGCUAAAAAAAAAUAUGUAAAAAACAGUAAAGCUACAUAUGACAAUUAAGAGUGGUUGUCAGAGAAAACCGGGCAAAAUGUUAAAAAUGUCAACGGAAGGGGGUCAACAGAAUAAGUUCAUACUAACAUCAUAGAUAGGUCUGGUGGAGUAAUGGACAAAUAUAAUAAACAUAGGCUCUUCACUGCUCUUGUAUUAGAGAUACGAGCAUCACUUUAUUCGACUCGCUCGGACGCCAUUUUUAUAAGCAAGUUUUCACCAUUUUCUGAAACUCACCGAACCCUCAAAAUUUAACAAGCGAAGUUUAUUUUUCGCAUGCGACACAACACAUCACAGAACUACGUUCUAAAACCAUAAGAUUUGUUAAGCAGCGACGGACAAGACUAAAAUUUUCUUAUUUUAUCUGACCUAAACUCAGUGUCUGCAAACGAGCAAAAAAUCGGGCAUUUUUGAAUUGAUCUACAGCGCACAACUAAAGCGACAGAACAACUCUGACAGCCAAAUUGCAGUCUACUAUCAUCCAUGUAACCAAAACACUAAUAAUCAUUUUGGGCCAUUGAAACAGGAAGAAAUUAGAAAACUCACAUUUGUUAUAGUUUCCAAGCUUUUUCUUGCAAACAGGCCGAUCCCUUCGUGUUUGUUUUAAGUCCUCGUCGUGAAUUUUCGUCCAUAUUUCGCUGUAAAGUAUGUUCAGCAGCUGGAGAAAAUAUCAAAAAGCUCGAAAUACUGCCUAGGUUACUUGUUCAAAGGGCAAAAAGUACUGAACAACAGGAUGAAACUAGAAAAUAACAAAGCGACGCCAUCUUGAAAAUUCAGCACUCAGGAGGGACUGGCACUAGUAGCUGCCUUGUCCACAACGUGAUGAAAUACCAAAUAGAUAAAAAACAAAAACAAACAAACAAACCGGCUUAUCAGUUGCCUACUACAGUCCUAUUUCUUCUUCAAUCACUACUUUCAGUUAAAUUUAGCUUUUUUUGUGUUGUCGGUCUUUUUUUGGGGGCGGAGUGAUAGGGUUUGGGGAAGAUGACCAAUUGGCAUUACUUUAUUCAGUCUUCAUUUACUCUUCAUUCACUUCCUUUUGAGUUAUCCAGUAUAAGUCUUUCUUUGGAAUCUUUAUUGUAUCAUCUAUUUUUGCGUCAGUCUACAAUCACCGUCCAUGUCCGAAGGUCCCCUCAUCUCCUGUUCAUGAUUUCAUGAUGCACAGUUUCAUAGUCCGGAAGGCUUCGCCCGAAGGGUACCUCUUUCAAGCAUCAGGUGUAACAAAGGGUAGGAAAAUCACAAGUUGAAUUAUGUGAAAGGAGAGGAAAAUCUUUCAUUAAGGAUUUUAAAGAGCCUUUUAUUAAAUGCUUCGAAGAAACACGCCUUAUGACAAUAUCAUUUACAUGUUAAUUCAGUUAAAGGUUACACGAAAAUGGCCCGAAGACCUUCUUUCUUACCGAUUUAUUCUCACGAAGCAUAUAUAUGAAAAGGGUGCAACUUUUCAAUGGAAGAUACACGAAAGGAUUACCUUUUCUCAAAAAUAGUAUAUAUAAGGAUAAGGGACUGGAACUCGGGGCGAAACCUCUCCGAACAAUGCUUUAUUGAGUAGCUUCCCACCCCGCUCCCCUUCUCACUAGGGCUUUCCACAAGUUGCUCGGCAACUUUUUGGCAAGGUCUAGUAUUUCGAGCAACUUUCUGCGUUUCAAGCAACUUUUUACAUAAUUGCUGAGCAAUUUCUCUAACUAGUUUUUUUCCAAUUCUGAGAUAUCUGAGCAGCUCUUAGUGCUUAAAUUAGCCUUGCUUCCAUAUUGCACAGUGUUUUAGUUGACAAUUUAUGAAUUUCCCUAUGAAAAAGGAGCCAGAUCCUCACCCCUUGGGGGCAGAUGAUGGGCGCAAGAUGCAGCCGGGCUGCUAGGUCAGAGGUUUUUUUGAACAAAAAGGCAAAAUGGGGGACUUCGAUUCACACUUGACUGACACGAGUGUCUGAGGUGAAGAAGGUCAUUCAACAAUUUUAAUGGCUCAUACUUGAAUUUUUACAAGAUUAAUAUUAAUAUUGAUGUGUAGUCUUCACUCAUACAUGGUUUACGGGCUCCUGAUGGCGGACAGACUUAUCUAGCAACGCUAAUUACGCUGCGAAGUAGCACAAAAUUACGUUUUUAUACUCUACCAGGAGCCAUAUUUAUCUAAAUCGGGGUAGUGGACCGUAACUGGACACCUUUUCCAGGGAUGGGGUUGACUUCAUCGAAAUAUCAGGGGCACCCAACGAGAAGAUGGUUCAAAACCACCUAAACAUAGCAUUGUUAAACGCAUUCUAGUAUUUAAACGGUAGAUAUAGGCAUAUUUUUAUCCCCGUAGAAAUUUUUCAUCUGUUCGGAUUUCUUAGCUGAAAGUUUAGUGAUUCGAAAAUUAUAGGGAUCAAAACUUACCUUUUCGCAAAUUGCAGCCAGAAAAAAGGCUCCCGAAAAUUCUAGGUGACUUUUUAAGUGUAAAAAUCCGUUAAAAAUGGGCAAUUAUACCAUUUUUUUACAUGUUCGAAAAUCCUAGGAGAGGUAGGCAAGCAAGGAAUUUUACAAUGAAAUGUUCCGAAAAUUCUAAAUCGCAAAUCGUCUUCCGAACACAUAUUUUCCGAAAAUUGUCGUUGGUUGCCCCUGAAAUAUAUAUCAUAGCCAUUAAAUGUGCUAAUUUUAGCACAUUUUGUGCCAUCUCGUACGAUUCGCGCGCGCAUUUUUUGCAACAGUGCCGUUGAAAAGAUUAACAAACAAAAUGGCGUUGGAAAUUGCCUCCUCUGAAUUUAAGGCAAGACCUUGACAAUUUCUCUAAAUGUGAGGACUGUUUAUGUUAAACAACGUAGUGAGAGUGUUUUUGACAAAUCCAGUGACGAAGAGAUGUAGGAGAUGUCAAUUCUUUCACAGCUACACCAGUAAACUAAAAGGAAUCUAGUGGCUGUAAACGUCCAGGUGUAGGACUUCUAUCAAUGAUCAAUAUGAUGAAAAAGGUACCAACUCGAGUUAACACUCAGACCCCUUUUACAAAUUUUUGAACGGCCAAAAACUUGCAGGGAUCCGUCUUUUCUUUACAUGCGACCGGCGGAACCGUGAAGUUUUUGAGCUGCAAACAGAACCGCAAUCUGUAAGAGAAUUUGCGCCUUCCCUCUAAACGUGGCGUUUAUCUUGGGUGGACUGGGCAAAGAGCAUUCUGAAAAAGAAGUGAGCAGGAAAAACAAUGAGGGGAAGGGGUGCGGAGUGAGAGUCGUAAAAACCCCAUUAAUGGUACUUUUUAACAAAAGCUCCUUCCGGAUCCUUCCGGUAUACCGGGAUCUGGUAAACGCUAUGAAUGGUUUAUUUUGACAGCUCUUGUCAACAUUCGAAGGUCUAUUACCUUAUGGAAAUGCGAACUGACAGCGAUGGGAUCAUCAGUUAAAAGGCUUACCUUCAAAAAAGUACUUCGUCCACUGGCUCUCUUGGCCGCUUCGCGGCCUAAAAAUGCCCGCUCCGCAGAACUGAUUCAACUGCAUGUACUAUGUUUAUUUUAAUAAACAGUUGGUAAUAAAAAUUAUUACAAAUUUUACAGCAAGCAAUAUCCACUGCCCGCAGUUAGCCCGCACGCUUCGAAACUCGCGAGGUUGAUACAUAGCAAGUCUAGCUAGCUCGCAUGAGAGCGAAGUUAAGUGAUUCAUAAAGAGACAAAAUAGAUCUUUAAUAUCAUCUACAUCCACGGGACACCUCUAAAUGAGGAGGGAAUGAACCAAUGCCAGUUAAUCACCAAUUAACCUGCGAUCAGGCGUUCUUCUAAAGCUAAAUUCAACUAAAAGAAGUAAUUGAAGAAGAAAUAAGACUGGAGUAGGUCGCUGAUAAGUUUGUUUUUUUUGUUUUUUAUCUUAUUGGUAAUCAGGAGCCCAUAGGCUCCCGGUAAUAGUUCAUAAUAGCCCACGUUCGAUACAGAAAAAAUCUAACAUGAAUCCGAGGCUUUCUGGUUACAUUUCUAUAUUAGGUUUGGUUUUCUAUGUGCUCGUGUAAAAUUUGCAAUUUUUGUCCAUGUUAGAUAUCGAACGCAGCUACUAGUGCCAGUCCCUCCUGAGUGCGGAAUUUUCAAGAUGGCGUCGCUUUGUUAUUUUCUAGUUUCAUCCUAUCGUUCAGCACUUUUUACCCUUUGGACAAGUAACCGAGGCAGUAUUUCGAGCUUUUUGAUAUUUUCUCCAGCUGCUAAACAUACUUUACAGCGAAAUAUGGACGAAAAUUCACGAAGAGGACUUAAACAAACACGAAGGGAUCGGCCUGUUUGCAAGAAAAAGCUUGGAAACUAUAACAAAUGUGAGUUUUCUAAUUUCUUCCUGUUUCAAUGGCCCAAAAUGAUUAUUAGUGUUUUGGUUACAUGGAUGAUAGUAAACUGCAAUUUGGCUGUCAGAGUUGUUCUGUCGCUUUAGUUGUGCGCUGUAGAUCAAUUCAAAAAUGCCCGAUUUUUUGCUCGUUUGCAGACACUGAGUUUAGGUCAGAUAAAAUAAGAAAAUUUUAGUCUUGUCCGUCGCUGCUUAACAAAUCUUAUGGUUUUAGAAAGUAGUUCUGUGAUGUAUUGUGUCGCAUGCGAAAAAUAAACUUCGCUCGUUAAAUUUUGAGGGUUCGGUGAGUUUCAGAAAAUGGUGAAAAUUUGCUUAUAAAAAUGGCGUCCGAGCGGGUCGAAUAAAGUGAUGCUCGUAUCUCUAAUACAAGAGCAGUGAAGAGCCUAUGUUUAUUAUAUUUGUCCAUUACUCCACCAGACCUAUCUAUGAUGUUAGUAUGAACUUAUUCUGUUGACCCCCUUCCGUUGACAUUUUUAACAUUUUGCCCGGUUUUCUUCGACAACCACUCUUAAGAACAACAACGAAGACGGACAAACACGUCACGAGAAACAUUACAUGACCGACAGAUGGUCAGUUCCAGGAUCGUGGGUACUCUGGGUCGUAGUUAUGAUGUAGGCAUCCAGGUAGUACUUGUACAUGAUCGAUUUGAAUUAACUGAUCUGAAGGUUGAAUGAAAGUUGAAAGUCAUCUGCUAACGUGUUCCAGAUUCUGGUGGUUCUAUUAAAAAAAAGAUCUUUGAAAAGUGAUGAAUUGCAUUUCCCUGAAAUAAAGUAAGGGACAUUACAGUUGCUGUUAGAUCUGGUAAUGCGAGUAACUAAGACCUGCGGGAGAACAGAGAAAAGAAAAUCAUAUCUAAACACCCGUGCCAAUCAGGAGAUCGGUAAUAAGUUAAGUUCCAUUAGCCUGUCCCUAUGUGUUUGGUCGCAAAUUAAUGGUAGAUCCAGGACAUACUUUGUUAGGUGAGACACAGGCGGCCCAAGCUUGGUCACAGGUAACCCAGGCUCUGUGAUAUACCACAGUACAGCUCCAGUAAAAUUACAGUGUUUGUAUGUGGUAAAAAUAGUAUCCUGAAAUUUCUAGGAAAUAUUAACUAAAUAAAGAUCAAUGAAACUUACUCUGCAGUUAGUUGUUGUUGUCCUUAAUGCUCCAACGAAGUUUCGUGAUAAUUUGUUCCAAUUCACUCUAUUUACAAUAAUAAUAUACAAGGUAGGAGACACGAGAUGCCAUCUUGGCCGCCAUGCUCUCAUUCAACAGACAUUUUUCCACGAAAUUCGAACUCCAACAGAAAAUAAACAUGCCAGAAUCGUAGUAAUAGGAUAGCUGCAGAUAUAGAAACCAAUGAAGCUUUCCCAGAUAGAAAAACGAAUCCCGCAGACUUUGACAAACUCGAAGGAUGUAAUCCAAAAGGCCGAGAAUAUGCUCGCCGAAGUAGCCGGACCAGAUCAACGCGCGGCCAAGAAAAUGAGGCCUGGGCACUGUACAAAAAAAUUCAUCCCUGGUGUCCUGGGUUGACCUUUCUAGGGACUGAUACAUAGCUUUACCAAAAUUAGCCAUCCCUGCUGGAAAUACAUUUGCUCGAGGGCUAUAUUUGUUCCCUUGAGAUAAACGCGACAGCUGGCCCAAGCAAACUACAUGUUCCAGUCCACGCGUGAAAAUGAGAAAAAAAGCACGUACAUCACGCUUUUUUUAAAGAAACAAUCGAAUUAAGUGUGAUGGUGUGAUGUACAUUCCAAGCUGAUGUUUUGCUAAUCUAUAAAAUUGGUGUUGUCGCUGUCGUCGUAGUCAAUUAAGUUUUUACUCUUUGAAAAUUAGACUUUUCCGAUAGUUAAAAAACAAAAAUUGCAAACUGAAAACAUCACCUUUUACAUGUUUAUUUCCUUCUUUCUCAACGUGCAAAAAGUUGUUUUGAAUGACAGCAUGGUGGCCAAGAUGGCAUCUCGUGUCUCCUACCUUGUAUAUUAUUAUUGUAAACAGAGUGAAUUUGAAAUUUUAAGAUGUUGCAGUGAAUCAAUCCCAAUGAAAGUUUCAGACCUUCUCAUAUGCAUUAUUAAGAUUAUGUGAAGAGAUUUGAAAAAAAAUUGUUUGAGUCGUUUCAGAGAUAUGCAAAAAAGGGCUAAAAGUCCAAACUUUGAAUGAAGUUCCUUUAACUGUAGUUGCAAACCAGGGUGUUAAUGCAGGUGGCAUUGUCGCUACAGUUGUGAGUGCUGAUCUGGCAUUCGUCUACGUCUGAAAGAAAAUGUUGGGAGAGUUUUCAAGACGCAAACGAACCCUCAAAACACGUUUUGCCAGAUUUUUUAAAGAGAAGAAACUUUGCAGGCACCUACCUGAACAGUUGUAGCCAUUUCCUCUGUAGGGUACAGAAGAAAUGGCUACAGCUGUUCAGGUAGGUGCUUGCAACGUCUCUUCUCUUUUCUUAGUUGUACUUAAUAUCAUUUGAAAUUUUAUCAAGCUUAUAAUAAUUAAUUCCGUUUAACUUGUCUCCUCUUUGUAACGAAAGCGGUUACAAAGGUUAUGACUGCACUUACUUGUAUUGUUCCUUUUGUGUAGAUAUUGACGAGUGUGCCCGCGGUACUCACAACUGCCACAGUUCACUUGCUUCAUGUACAAACACAGUGGGAUCCUUUAGUUGUUCAUGUAACAGUCCUUCCAGCGGAGAUGGCAGAACUUGCAAUCUA